AUGCUCGAUCACCUUGCGUCGGUCAAAGGAGACAACAUUGUCGUAGUUGUCGAUUGCUGUCACUCCGGCUCUAUAACUCGCGAGGCCCCAGAGGGCGAUGACGAUGUUCGCUUCAGAGCUCUCCCUCUCUCAAAGCCUCUCCUAGACGAGAUAGAUAAUGAUAUCUUCAAAGCCCACUGUAUGUCAGGUGAUGGACCCUCUCGGCGUCUAGGCACUGCGUCUCAUGUUCUCUUGGCCGCCUGUGGGGCAAGCGAAAGAGCUUAUGAAAGGGCCGGGCAAGGGGAUUUUACUCGAGCAAUCCUAGAGACCCUUUCAAAACUCAGUCGCAAGGAUCUGAGCUAUCGUGACCUCAUUCGAAAGCUCCCACCUUUGGCUAGGCAA